CACAUCUCAAGACCGAGAUACGUUGUCCCACGUUCUCGGCGUAUUUCAUAUUAAUGCUACAAAGGUGAUGGUUUCUAUGAUGCAGCAAAGCUUAUAAGCGGAGCUGCCUCGAUGAUGUCCACGUUUCUCAACUUCUAAGCUCCAAACUAUUUUCAUACAAUGUCUGCUUUUCAACAACGCCCCACAUGGCAUUGGCCUACCGAUGAGGAUGCUUUUCGAGAAGAACAUGUUGAUCCGCCAGGUACUUUUGGAUACGAAGACCCAACCGAACAUCUGCAAGAGCAGGGAGAGCAACAUGAGGAUGCGGACGAGGCAAACGCACCACCUCGGUUCCAAAGGCACUAUCCGCCACGGACCUGUAGGAUAUGCUUAGAAGAGGUCCUGCCAACUUACGAGCCUCUGACUGGAGGGAUUCCGUCUAUACUACACCCAGCUCCAAGCGUCAAAUACGUUUCUUCAGACCCGUCAUCCGGCCGGUUGAUACGGCCAUGCAAAUGUCGAGGAUCCCAGAAAUACGUACACGAAGGAUGUUUGCAGGAGUGGAGGCAUGCAGAUCCAGCUAUGGGCCGGCGAAAUUACUGGGAAUGCCCAACCUGCAAGUUUCGAUACCGUUUGGAAAGAAUGAGAUUAAGUCGGUACAUUUCCAGCACGUUUACACAAAUAGUAAUUACCCUUGCUAUCAUGCUCCUUACGAUUUUCGUCUUCGGAUUUGUUGCGGAUCCAAUCAUCAACAUUUACCUCGAUCCCUUAGACACGAUCACCUCGAUACCGAGUGGUGGAAGGCCUGCGACUCUGUUCGAAGACGAGGAGGGUUCAUGGAUAGAGCAUUUCGUAAAAGGGCUUGCAUCUCUUGGCUUACUCGGAUUCGUUAAGAUUUUCUUUGUCCUGGGUCCGUGGCAAUGGUUCAAUAUUCGCAACGGAGGACUUCUAGGAGGUCACCGUAGAAGGGGUGGAGGAAGAGACCGCUUGGAGGAUAUUUCUUGGACGGUCGUCAUCAUUGGGAUUAUUACGUUUUUAGCAGCAGUUUGGACUUGGGUAAGAGCAUGGACUGCAAAGACGCUCGAGAAGGCUGGUGAACGAGUUGUCGAUGUCCAAGGCGAUGACGACGAUUUCGAAGAGAUCCUUGAGGAACCUUCAGCAAGCCAAGCUGCAGCUGGCCCUCCGCCAGCCACGGGUGCUACAGAUGCGUCAGCUUCUGCAAUGCCCGAGACCCAGAAGACUUAAUAACAUUGUCCUUUUUGCAUUUGCAUUCAGUGAUGGCGUUCUGGAUGCCAUGACCUGUGUACACUUAGUCACAAUAACGCAAAUAUUUCUACCGUUAGCUCGUAUAGCUUCUAUGACAGUUUCCCCUACCCUUUGC